GCGAGGAGCGGUGACAGCUGCCGCGGGCCGCCUCCGCCUCUUCCCCGCGGGCUCCGGGCCGACGCGCAGCAGCAGCAGCCGCAGAUCUAUAACAGCAUACCUGAAGUCGAUAAUGUUUUCCAAGCUCAGCUGCCCUCAGAGCAUUGCUGCUCUCUAUCGAGGUGUUCAUGCUUCACUGAGUUCUGCUGCCUCAGUUGCUACCAAGAAAACCAUUCAAGGGCCUCCAUCUUCUGAUUACAUAUUUGAACGUGAGGCUAAAUAUGGAGCCCACAAUUAUCACCCACUACCUGUUGCUCUGGAAAGAGGAAAAGGUAUUUAUGUGUGGGAUGUUGAAGGUAGAAAGUAUUUUGACUUUCUGAGUGCUUACAGUGCUGUUAAUCAAGGCCACUGUCAUCCAAAGAUUGUGAAUGCUCUGAAAGCUCAGUCUGAAAAACUGACCCUUACAUCCAGAGCAUUCUACAACGAUGUGCUUGGUGAAUAUGAGGAGUUUGUCACCAAAAUGUUCAAUUAUAACAAAGUCCUUCCCAUGAACACGGGAGUGGAAGCUGGAGAAACUGCCUGUAAGUUGGCUCGGAAGUGGGCAUACACUGUGAAAGGAAUUCCUAAAUACAAAGCAAAGAUUCUUUUUGCUGCUGGCAACUUCUGGGGCAGAACCAUGUCUGCUAUCUCGAGUUCUACUGACCCAACCAGCUAUGAUGGAUUUGGACCCUUUAUGCCAGGUUUUGAAGUGAUCCCAUACAAUGACCUGCCAGCUCUUGAGCGAGCUCUUCAAGAUCCCAACGUUGCAGCUUUCAUGGUCGAACCAAUUCAAGGUGAAGCAGGUGUGGUUGUUCCUGACAAAGGUUAUCUCACAGGAGUGCGGGACCUCUGCACGAAACACAAUGUUCUAUUUAUUGCUGAUGAAGUACAGACUGGCUUGGCCAGAACAGGGAAGAUGCUGGCUGUUGACCAUGAAGAUGUGAGACCUGAUAUAGUUCUUCUUGGAAAGGCCCUUUCUGGUGGCUUGUAUCCUGUCUCAGCAGUACUGUGUGAUGAUGAAGUUAUGCUGACCAUUAAGCCAGGUGAACAUGGAUCUACAUAUGGAGGAAAUCCGUUAGCUUGCCGUGUUGCAAUGGCAGCACUGGAGGUAAUUGAAGAGGAAAACUUGGUUAAAAAUGCAGAAGUAAUGGGCAACAUCCUAAGAAACGAGCUCAUGAAGACACCAUCUGAUAUUGUGACUGCUGUAAGAGGAAGAGGACUAUUAAAUGCAAUCGUAAUUCGGGAAACUAAAGACUAUGAUGCCUGGAAGGUGUGUUUGCGGCUUCGCGACAACGGACUCCUUGCCAAACCUACCCAUGGUGACAUCAUUCGUCUGGCUCCACCCCUUGUGAUCAAGGAGGAUGAAAUCAGAGAGUGCAUCGAAAUCAUUCAUAAGACCAUUCUGUCUUUCUAAACACAUGGCUUUAAAAGUAUAUCUGCUGACUGGCCCAAGGUGGUGUGUUGAAACAUGUACGGUGAAGGCCUGCUCUUGGAGCAAGCAUCUUUCCUUUUAUCUGAGAGGACUUAACUCCUAAAGUACAGCAAUGACUUUAAGUGAUAAUGGCUCUGAGGAAAAUAAAGGAUUUAAAAGAGCUUCCAAUCUUAGAAUACUUUAAAGUGCUGAGGUUCUGUUCAUCUAGUCAUGUACCUAGUGAACAGUGAAGUAAGAAUGUCUGAGGGGAGAUAUCUGUCAAGAUGUGUUUGGUUGUUCAAAGUCUUGCCCAAAGUUUAAGUGUAAUUAAUAUAUUAUUAAAGGUUGCUUUGCACUCUCAUGUCACUCUCCAAAACA